UUGGUGGCCGAUCAGGGUCGAUGAGAGAUUUUCGAGAUGCCGGAGUUGCUGUGUGGUUGACUUGACGUGUGAAGGUAGGCGGCUCUGCCUCGAGAUGACGAUUGCGAUCCAGCGUGGCAGUAAUAGAGGAUACUGUAUGCUCACGCAGCACUCGGAGCUUUGCGCCUUACGACGGACAGAAGGGUGACGUUUUCUGGUUGGCAAACUGGUACCUAGGAGGGUCGGCAUCGGCUAGUGCGUUGGCCGCACCCUCCGCACCGGUCCGCGCAAUACGCCACGGCAAGAGCCUUGGGGUCUAAACACGUCGUUGCGCCUCCAAUUCCUCGACAUAUUCACACAUCACCAUCAUGGCUCAAGCUAAGAGGAAAGUCAGUCUGGGCGAGCUCAUCAGCCACGCGGGCAUCACCCCGGUCGCUACCCGACAGCCAUGCCUACCCGCACCGUCACAACCUGGUAAUUCCUCGAGCGAGGAGGAUCGCACACAAGCUCGACAUAUUCUGAUCAGAAGGCGGCAAAAGAAUCCGGAGAGUAGAGACGCGGUGCUUAAGCGCAUCUUCAAGAGCUCUAAAGAGAAGGAAAAGGCGCUGGACACGACACAAUGGGAGUUCUCCCAAGAUGAGCUGGAUCAGGCUUUGUCCGCCGUAAUCCGCAACUCCGAAUCCAGCCCUGGACUUGUACACGCCUUCUUGUCGUUGGGUGCUAAAGUCAACUUUGUCGACACUUCUGAUAAGAAGAAGUCCAAGAACAACGCGCCCAACUCUGGCCUCCGCCGUCGAAGCACAGUCCUACAACAGGCUGCUACCCUCCGCAAAGCAGACUCCGUCAAUAUACUGGCCUGUUCUGGGGCAGAUCAGACCACGCUGGACGAAGGACUCAAGGCUGCCCUGGCAACAAAGGACCAGGCAUGCAUCGAAGAGUUGUUACGACACGGAGCAGAUCUUAACAGGUUCCCCAAUGCACUAGGUACCGCCGUACAGUCUAACGACCCGGACUAUGUUCAGCUGCUGCUGAGGGCGCCCAAAGCGCUCCGUCCCGAAGUCAUGUCAUCAUGUCUCUCUGCGGCAGUACGACAGAAUUCCGAAGCUAUAGCCUCACUCCUCAUCCGCUACGGCGCUGACCCCAAUUUUGACUCAGCCAGUGCUCUUAAUUCGGCUAUCGGCAAGGAAGACUGGAGAAUGACGCUCACGUUGGUGUCUGGACCGACAGCUAUUGCACCCCACAACCUUCAAAGACUGCUCGACACCGUGAUGCGCUUACGGACAUGCGUAGCAACAUUGCAAUUCCUGCAGUUGCUGUUCUGUUGCGGCUUGCCUCCAGCUAGUAUUGGUCUACCCGAUCUUCUCAUUUGUCGUGUGCGAAAGGAUGACACUCCUGGAUCGAAGAUGAUGAUCAACCAUGGUGUCCCAACAACAGCAAAAGAAGCCGAGUGCCUGCGCCUUGCCAUCGAGAACGAGAAUUGGAUUUUGGUCGAUGCCAUUCUCGAUACUCCAAUCAAGGGACAACACGCAUCAGCAGCGUUGGACGUACUGCAACUCAGCACCCCCCGGCCGGAAAGGCUGCGCGUUCUUCAGGGCUUACUCGGAAAAGGCGCCGGUGGUGUUUCACUUGGUCGGUGGUUGAGCCUCGCUGUCAAGGAACGUGAUGUGACUCUGAUGGAGCUCCUUUUGAGCUCAGGAGCGCCAGUAGAUGCUCAGACCAUCUCUCUUGCAGUCACACAAGCCGACGAGUCAAUACUCCAUCUGCUCUGCAGUAACGCCCCGACUUCUGCUUCGACCUCGCCAGCGUUGCCGUUAGUCUUUGGUCCUCACGGUCGACGACAUCCGAAGACACUGCUGCUGUUGGACAUCCUUCUCGCGCAUGGCGUAGAAAAUGGUCCAGCACUCCAGACGCUACAGAUUGCAAUCAGAGGAGGGCCAGAAAAUCUUGACAUUGCUCAGCGACUGCUCGCAGCAGACUCGAAGCUCCUUGGAUCAGCAUUGGAGUAUACCAUCGCACUGGAGGAUCCUGCCAAGAAGAAGCCUCUUAUGGACGCCCUAUUGAAGCUUGGGAUCCCUCAAGAAGCUCUCGACAAGGCUCUGACAACUGAAACGCAAUACGCAGCAAGGACUAAAGACCUCAGCACCACCACGAUGCUUUUGAGGCAGGGAGCUCCUGUGAGUGGAGAUGCCUUGGGGAGUGCAGUAUCAUUUGGAGACACAUCGCUGACGAAAGUUCUUCUUAGUGGGAAACGCCAACCGUCACGAUCUGAUGUUACGAGGUCAUUCCGUACGCUUUUCCUCGAGAGGACCCUACAGGAUGCAGCAGUCGAUGUAGAAAGCACAGUAUGCAUUGCUGAAAUGCUACUAAGUUGUGGUGUCGAGCCGCCGGCUGUAGACGCUGCGCUGCGAGCUACGCUCGGCAUCACACAUGACUCUCUGCACAUAGGGGCUCUCAUUAACCUCUUGCUGCGGCACCAUGCAAACGUCAACAGUGCGGAUGGCGUCUGCUUUUUACUCGCAGCGCAGAAAUCCAACCACAGCAUCUUCGAAAAGCUAUUACUCCAUCAACCCAACUUCAGUCUUGUCAUUCCAGCGUUACUCAGUUCCAAAAUCGCAGACCAAGUAGCGAUGUCCUCAAUCAAUCUUUGUUUUAAACAUGGAUGUACAUCUGAUGGGCUAGAUUUGGUACCAUUUGGAGAUCGCAAGAUCUCAGUGCUCAUAAUGGCGAUGCAAAAUUACCCUCGCCAUGCACCACUCCUCAGGUCAUUGCUUGAUCACGAGUGGAGCCCUGAAAUCAUCAUCCGCGAAGUGAUCGAUCCAACAAGUGGCGAAGAACCCAUCUCUGCCAUUUUGUGGGCUUUGCUGCAACCACAGAAACGGAUCUCGGAUUCUGUUGUGCGCGAACUCCUAGCUGCCGGUGCUUCCGCCACGCGUGCAUCUCCCAUAUCGGGCAUAACACCGCUUUCAGUCGCCGCACGUGAGAGCCGGGGUGACAUUAUUCAGGCACUACUUGAGCGUGGAGCCGACCCAUCACAUCGGGACAAAUGGGCACGAUCUGCACUAUUCUACGCUAGCAGUAGGUCGGCUAUGUCGAUUGUCCAGGCGUUGGCACCGACGGCACUGAAGGACGAUGGAAGCCUACACGAGGCAGCACGGUGCUUGCACGUUGAUGCAGUGUCUGUUCUGAUCCAGCAUGGGCAUAGCCCGAACUUUCCAUCUCGCCUUCAUGAAGGGAGAACUCCUUUGGGCGAGCUAUGUCUCCACGCGGAACCAGCCACUGGACAGCAACGCUCGCGCGUACAACACUUGAUCAGACUCCUGCUUGAUUACGGAGCAGACCCUCUCUUCAGAAUUCGCAACGAGAAGUCCAGCAUCCUCCUCGCUCUAGACAAUCCACACGGUGCCCUGGACAUAACCGAAGCAUUACUUGAAACCGAAGUCUGGGAAACCAUUAACGAUGAGAAGCACGCGUACCACUCAUCCGGUCUGACAUACUCACCCAUCUCUUACGUCGAACACAUCUCCACACUACAUCGCGCCACGAUUAAACCCAAACUAAUUGGCCUCCUCCGCGACAAAGGCUGCGUACCACGCUUCUACUCCUCGACCGCCGAUCAGCCCACCGGUGCAAUCGGCAUCCCGCCGUCCAUACUGCGCCUCGUCGAUCUUCAAAAAGAACAUAUCCUGGCGCUCAAACAUGCCGAGGACUCACAUGAGCACACCCGCACUCUCGAAGAGACCACACACCGCGACUUGUUGCGCCGCAAGCGUGAAGCGCAGGACGCCGACUUGGCCGCCCAGUCCGCCGCGCAAGCUCACUGGCAAUCCCUCGAGCAGCAGAAACACGACUUCGAGGUCCAGCGCGUGCAAGCUGCGGAGUGGAUGAAGCGCGCCGAGAAGACAGCAUGGCACAACUUGACAAUGGAGCAGGAGCGCGAUGCAGCAGCUACGCGACAGAAAGCAGAGGAGAGGAAGGCGAGUGCGGCGGCGGCGCAUGAGGCGAGGAUGGUGGAUGUGAGGAAGGGGGAGAUUGAGCAUAGGGCGGGUGUGGAAAGAAGGAUGUUGAAGGAAAAGGAGGAGUUGUAUGACAGGAACGUUGCACGGCAGAAAGAGGUCACCAGACGGCUGAACGAGAGUGCGCAGUUGCAUGCUAGAUUGAAGCAGGACAGGCCGGCGAUUGAGGGGUCGUCGGGUCAAUGGGGAACGGUAGAUUGAUACAGUUAUGAUUUCCCAGCGUUCAGCUGUGAAUGACGGCAGAUGCACCUGAAGCAUCCAGUUGACAUCGAAUCUAUUAGGUAGUAUGAGGUAAUCAGGGUAUCGCAAUCCCAUUAGGAAUUUCAUGUUCAGUACAC